GCAACGAUGGAAGAACAUAAGAGGCAAUGGCAUUGAUAGAGGAGAUGUACCACAAUGGCCUAAACCCAGAUGUUGUCACAUAUAGCACACUCUUUGAUGGCCUCUGCAAGGGUGGGAGAAUCAAGGAGGCAAAGUCUUUCUUGGAGGAGAUGUAUCACAAUAGCUUGAAACCAGAUGUUGUCACAUAUAGCACUCUUAUGAAUGCACUAUGCAAAAGGAAUAAAGUGGAAGAAGCCUUGGCGUUGCACAAAGAAAUGGGUAGUAGAGGACGUAAACGCGAUGUUGUCACAUACAACAUGCUCCUUGAUGGCCUUUGCAAGGGUGAGAGACCAGAGGAGGCAAUGUCUUUGUUAGAGGACAUGUAUCACAAUGGCUUGAACCCAGAUGUUGUCACUUAUAGCACUCUUAUGAAUGCACUUUUCAAAAGAAAUAAGGUGGAAGAAGCCUUGGCUUUGCACAAAGAAAUGGCGAGGAUAGGAUGUCAAGCAAAUGUUGUCACAUGUAACACACUCCUUUCUUUGCAAAAGUGGAAGAACAGAGGAGGCAAUGUCUUUGUUGGAGGACAUGUAUAACAAUGGUUUGAAUCCAGAUGUGGUUAUGUAUAACACUCUUAUAAAUAUGCUAUGUCAAAGAAAUAAGGUGGAAGAAGCAUUGACUUUUUAUAGAGAAAUGGGGCAAAGUUCAUGUCAACCAAACGAUUUACCGUAUAAUGCAGCCAUCGAUGGUUUUUUCAAGGGUGUGAGAACAA